CGUGUUUGGUGGGUGAGGAAAUAAAAUAUCCCUCGCUGGGUGCGGUUCACUCGCAACUUCUUCUAAUUCCACCGGGUUCUCUUGCCAUAAGCGAUCGUUUUUGUCCGUGGCUCCUUCCAUUUGAGCUCACAUUCUUCUAUUCCCUCCCUCCUCCACACUCAGACCCUACUUUUUUCUUUGCCAAUGUCGUUCCAAAGCUCAAAACCUCUCUCUCUCACACCCUCCAUUACUUCCUCCCUCUCGCUGGAAACAUCGUUUGGCCUUCCGAUUCCCCAAAACCCAUCGUCCAAUUCACACCCGGUGACGCUGUUUCCGUGGUGGUUACUGAGUCCGAUGCUGAAUUCAAUCACGAGAUAAAUUACUCACCCCGUGAAGCUGCACGGUCUCAUCCUUUGGUACCCCACUUGCACUCGUCGGAUUCUAUUGCUUCUGUUAUGUGUUUUCAGAUCACUCUCUUUCCUAAUAAAGGAUUCAGCAUAGGCAUGAGCACUCAGCAUGCCGUCCUUGAUGGAAAAUCUGCAGUUAUGUUCAUCAAGGCUUGGGCUUCUCUAUGCCGUAGCCAAACCAACGAUGAUACACAAAUACUACCUUUGGUGCCAGAGUUGCAGCCUUCCUUUGAAAGAUCCCUCAUCAAGGAACCAACACAUGUGAGAGCUUACUUCAAACAAAAAUGCGACGAGCGAUGCUUGAGGAGUCGACCUUCCCCACCAGUAGCCAAAGAUGCGGUUCGAGCCAAGUUCGUUCUCACGCGAGGGGAUUUGGAGAUAAUAAAGAGAAGGAUCUUGUCCAAGUGGGACCUGGUGGAAGAAUCAAAAUCUACCGUUUCUUCAAAGCCAUCUACUUUAUCAUCCUUUGUUAUCACCUGUGCUUAUGUGACAGUUUGCAUUGCAAAAGCCGUGCACGGAAUUGACAGGGAGAAAAAAAAGUUUGCUUUUGGGUUCGCGGCUGAUUGGAGGUUCAGGUUAGAGCCUCGAAUCCCUGAUAACUAUUGUGGAAACUGUGUGUGGAACAGUUUGGUGAAUGCAGAACCGUUAGACUAUAUAAAGAAAGAAGGGGUGGUGAUUGUUGCUAAGCACAUUCAUAGAAAAGUAAAGAUGUUGGACGAGGGGCCAGUUUUUGAUGGAUUGUCUCAAAUCGUGGAAUUUUUAAGGCAGGAGGAUGUACAAAUUAUUGGAGUAACAAUGUCUAACCGAUUUGGAGUUUAUGAUACUGAUUUUGGUUGGGGAAAGCCCGCUGAGGUGGAGAUAACAUCGUUGGAUCGGAGUACAUGUCCAUGCAUUGGGUUGGCAGAGAGCAAGGAUGGGAGUGGUGGGGUUGAAGUUGAGCUGGUUAUGAACAAACAUGUGAUGGAUCUCUUUGCUACACUGUUUCGUCAAGGAUUGUGUGAUGAUGAUUGA